AACAUUUCUCAUUAAGCAGAAACAGGUGAUCCGGGUCCAAACUGCAACGAACAGGUCUCUGCAGCCUGACUCAGACCGGCUGCCCGUUAAAAGGAUUAUUUCUAAUCUAUCCUUCAGUUAACUGACUGAUUGAUUGAUUGAUUGGCAUCACAAUGGCGCCGCUCUCCAUCCAGUCAGGAGUGAAAUACGCCAAAACUCUGCUGCCGGAGACUCUGGUGAGGUCAGUAUCAACAGUCCAGACCACCAUCUCUCGGCACAUCCUGCCCUCAGCUCAGCUGCGCUGCUUUAAGGUCUGCACCCACAGCCGCAGGCGGCGGCGGGGUCUGGCGGCGUCCUCUCUGGACGAGCUGCUGGAGCAGGCUGCGAGGGUGUUCAUGCUCUCCUGCCACUUGCUGACUCUGGUCCUGGAGGACGACGGGACUGUGGUGGACUCGGAGGAGUUCUUCCAGUCUCUGCCAAACAACACGCCGCUGAUGGUGCUGGAGAAAGGAGAAAUGUGGACGCAGAACAAGAUCUUCCCGAGCUUCCGUCAGCCAAAGAAGAAUGGGAUUGCUAAACUGACCUUUGACCUCUACAAACUGCACCCUAAAGAUUUCAUGUGCUGCUUCGCCAUCAAGGCCACCCUGUAUGAGAUAUACACGCUCUCCUAUGACUUCAGAUGCACCAGGAUAAAACACAUCCUCAAGUCAGUGAUGCGCUGCCUCACCUGCCUGACCAGACUGAUAGGCCAGCUGCUGCUCUGCACGUCCUCAUCAUUACUGCAGUUCACCGGAGAGGACGACUGCUAGUGUGUGUGUGUUAAUGUCACUGGGUCUGAACAUCAAAAGCAUUUUCACAACUCUCCAUCAGACGGAAGAAUUGAGUCCGUCCAUUUGUGUGUGUUUGAGACAGACUGAACUUUUAGUUUUCCUCUUGUUCACACUGCUUUUAUCUUCACUGAAUGAUUUUCUUUCUUUGUCUGGAUACUUUACAUGUUUUAACUCUUUUGUGUGUUGAACUGUCACGCAAAUUCUAUAACUGUGAGGUUGUGGAAUUUAUUUUUCUGAAUGUUUUAGCUUUGAUUUGUCUUGUUUUUGUUGAGCUUCGUUAGUAUUAAGAGGAUAAAAUGUUGGGAACUGUACAUUUGAUUAAAAAAAUACUCUAUGUAAAUCAAAUAUAUGAAUAAAGAUUUGUUUUCUUAA